CCUAGCUCUAGUCUUCCUAACUACUGAGGCCGGAGGAGGCGAACAAAACAGGUGGCUAAGGUUGAAAGUCAAAGUUAUUUUCAAGAUGAGUGAGCUGGAGCAGCUUCGGCAGGAGGCUGAGCAGUUGAAGAACCAGAUACGAGAUGCAAGAAAAGCAUGUGGGGACUCCACCCUCACCCAGAUAACAGCAGGGCUGGACCCAGUGGGUAGGAUUCAGAUGCGAACAAGGCGUACUUUGCGAGGUCACCUGGCUAAAAUCUAUGCCAUGCACUGGGGCACAGACUCCAGGCUCCUGGUCAGCGCCUCACAAGAUGGCAAACUGAUCAUCUGGGAUAGCUACACUACUAACAAGAUGCACGCCAUCCCGCUGCGGUCGUCAUGGGUGAUGACGUGUGCUUACGCUCCAUCCGGAAAUUUCGUAGCCUGCGGUGGACUGGACAACAUCUGCUCCAUCUACAGCCUGAAGACCCGCGAGGGCAACGUCAGAGUCAGCCGAGAACUACCUGGACACACAGGUUACCUUUCCUGCUGCCGCUUUAUUGAUGACAAUCAGAUCAUCACUAGUUCAGGAGACACUGCCUGUGCUCUGUGGGAUGUUGAGACAGGGCAGCAGAUCACUCUAUUUUCGGGCCACUCUGGUGACGUGAUGAGUCUGUCGCUCUCUCCUGAUUCCCGCACAUUUGUGUCUGGAGCCUGUGAUGCCUCCAUCAAACUCUGGGACAUCCGAGACAGCAUGUGCAGACAGACCUUUACAGGUCACGAGUCCGAUAUCAACGCCGUCUGUUUCUUCCCCAGCGGCAGUGCGUUUGCCACCGGCUCAGACGACGCUACAUGCCGGUUGUUUGACCUGCGGGCGGAUCAGGAGCUGGGCCUUUACUCCCAUGACAACAUCAUCUGUGGCAUCACCUCAGUGGCUUUCUCCCGCUCGGGCCGCCUGCUGCUCGCCGGCUACGAUGACUUCAACUGCAACAUCUGGGACGCCAUGAAGGGCGACCGUGCAGGGGUCUUGGCUGGUCACGACAAUCGUGUGAGCUGUCUCGGCGUGAGUGAUGACGGAAUGGCAGUGUGUACUGGCUCCUGGGACAGCUUCCUCAAGAUCUGGAACUGACCUCAACACACAUACACAUACUCUAAUACAUUUAACAUGCACUCACAUUACACACACACACACACACACACACAGUGUAUGCCUAUUUUACUGUACAUAUGACAAACACACAUACACACACAUACAAGAGUAUUGUACAUAAUAUAUAUAAUGCCAACUAGGUAUGAGUUUACAACGACAUUGCUUUAUAUAAAUAAUGCCACAUGAAUCUGUACAUGUCGCCAGUAACAGUGUAUGCAGGUUUGGCCCACUAGAGCUGAAUACGAAUGUUCUAUUAUUACACAUACAGACACACACACACACACACACAUAUACACACACACAAGCUGAAGAAUAAAUUGGAAGACUCGUUCAACACAAUGUAGAUUAUACACACAAACUCUUACUAAAAUAACAAACACGCAUUCGGAGAAGAAAGGGUAUUUGGUGACGCGUCAGACACAUUGAAUUUGGACUUGUACGUAAAAUAUGUUUCUUUGAACACAAACACUGGCAGUCAAUCACUCGAUUAUACACAUCCGAUCUUUUCAAGACCAUUUUUUGUGCUUUGAGAAGAUGAAUGACGACUUUCAGACUUUUUCCAUUUAGUUUUUUUUUUUAUGUUGUAUAUCCCACUGUUCUGAGAAGCAGGUUUUCAGUAUAGGUGUGUCUGAAGUGAAGUGGCUCUGUGGGUAGUGUGAUAUUGUAUUAAAUGAAGAACGAAGAUGAAAGCACUAAGGAAAAAGAGGAUGUUGCAGUAAGUUGACACACUGGAGACAAGCUUAAAGGAACUUGAGUAUUUUUUGCCAUGCCAAAAUGUCUCAGAGGACUGAAUUUCCACUAUUUACGUAGUUUUUUUUUUUUCUUAAUAAAAGACGUGCACAGGCAUAAUAAGGUAUAUAAGUAAAUUUAAUGUUUUUUUUUUGUUUAAUGUUUUGUUCUGUUUAUAUAUUUUUUAAAUGCUUAUUUUAUUCUUCAUGUUUUCCCUGUGUGCCUCUGAUUACACUGUAAGGACAAUGAAUAAACGCUAAAAAAAAAAUAAUUGUCAUAAAAUGUGCAAAAGUUGUACAAACAAUACAAAAAGACAAGAGCAAGACAAGGAAAAAAAAUCACACCAUUUUUAAACUGAGAUCAAGUUAUUUUUAAUUUCAAACAAUCCCGUAUUUAAGACAUUACAGGCGUACACGUUCAUCCAGCACACUCUUAAAGACUGAAAACCAUCAGUUCAUUGAAAUCAUCUCAAACUCCACCCUCUCAGAAACAAACACUAAAAAAUACAGAUCUAAAACAACUACUUUUUGUUUAAACAAGAACUUUUUCAUGAGGGGGGAACAAAAAAGUAAGAGUAGAAAGAAAAUAAAUGAAAAAACAUUUAAAUCAUCAACCCAUCACAGAGGAUAUCAACUUUUGAGUCUUUCUAUUCACCACUGACCUCUUCUGGUUAUCACAAUUAAAACAAAACAAAAAAAAAAAAAAAAACAAUUAUAAUGAUAAUGAUAAUAAUAAAAAAUAAUAAUUCAUGAACUUCUUGUUUUCCAUUUGCUGUAGUAAAUAUUUUACAAAACUCAGCCAGGGGUUAACUUGCUGUUGCUAAAGAAUUUGCAAAGAGAAAUGCCACUGUUAGCUUAGUAGAGCAGAUACAUGAGCCUCAAAACAGCAGUUUAAGGCCUAAAACGAGGGAUACGCACCUCAUAGAUACACACAGUCACAACACGCUCUACCUGAAACUGGACACGCCUCGUGUUGAUCAUCAGAGAUCUUUAGGGAAAAUA